AUGGCCGUCGUGAAACAAGAAGAAGACGAGGGGUCCAAAUUGGCCUCGAUAGCUGACCCGCUCGCGAACGCUCCGCGAGCUCCGCGGGCCAUGCGCGACGCAGCCUAUGCCAGGCAGAACAGCCAAGCAGGCAGUGGAUUCGGAUCGAUGCCCACGACAAGUCACAGAGAGCCGACUCGCAGGACCUCCGCCUGUGCCGGGGUGCAGAAGAAUAAGGAUAGAGCCGGCAGGGUACCGGAGCCGGGGCCGAUGCCGAUGAGGACGAAGGAGGAAGACGGAGCCGGCGGCGGACUAGGACAAAUUUCAACACUGAACAACGGCUCCGCGACCCAAAUGACCUACGAGGUUGUCGACAGAACUGCAUUGGUUAAGAAAGAGGAGGAUGCGGGGGAGAACAGGUUGGCAUCGAAAUACACGUCGCAGAGUGUCACUGUCGGCGCAGCCUCCUCGGGAACCGUGGUGAAGGUCGAGGCAGCCCAGCCGGCCUCUAAAUUAACCCUCUACGCCGGUGGCUCUCCUCCAGCCCGCGCCACCGACGUUUCCAGCCGCUUCUCGCAAAUCUUCGGUGUCACCGAGUCGCGCCUCGAAAUCGUGAGCCCCGAGACCCGGCUUACCCACCUUCGAUAUCCAUAUCAAGAGAACGCCGCGUACGGAGACUCGCUCGUGGUCGCCGUGAAGGGCGUCCACCCAGGCUACGAAUCCGGUACGAGGGGAACGAAUCGGUCCGCGUACGGCGUGUUCUUCGGGCCGGAGUGCAAGAUGAACAAAAGCGGACGAAUCGAGGACGGGACGAACACGAUCCGGCGGGCGGAGCUCUACGCGGCCGUGGCCGGGGCGAAGGCCGUUCGAGAGCUCUUGGAGAAGGCCCUCGAGGCGGCCCCUGCAGGUGUGGGUCACCACGGGAUCAACCACCUCGUGAUCAAGUCGUCGGAGGAGUACGUCGUGAAGGGCAUCGCGGGGGGCGAUCGCGGGGAGAGGCCGUGGAUCAUGAACUGGGAGGAGAACGGGUUCUUGACUGCGCAGGGCAUGGGGGUGCAGAACCGCGAGCUCUGGGUGAGGUUGGUCGAGGAGGUGAGGACGUUGAAGCGGAUGGGUGUGACGGUGCAGUUUUGGGGGGUCUCCGAGUGGAGGAAUCAGGAGGCGAGCGGUCUUGCGGAGGAGCAUGUGAGGGUUGCUCGGGAACUUGCUGGUUUUGAGAGGUUCAUUACCCCUGCCAGACAGCCGUCUAUGAAUGCUGUAGAUCGCAGUCGUUCGGAACUUUUUGACAUUUUUAUUACCCCUGCCAGCCAGCCGUGUAUAGAUGCCCGGGGGAGCAGGUGGUAA